AUGGCGUCGCACAACCGCGUGGGCGUGCUGCUCUUCGCGGCCUCCUCGGGCGGCCUCCCCGGCGAGGUCACCAUCGCGCGGCUGCUGCAGGAGCGCGGCUACGCCACGGGGCUCGUGGGCAAGUGGCACCUGGGCCUGAGCUGCCGCCACCGGGCCGACUUCUGCCACCACCCGCUGCGGCACGGCUUCGACUUCUUCCACGGGGCGCCCCUGACCAACCUGCGCGACUGCCGGCCCGGGGCGGGCACCGUCUUCGGCCCCGGGGCCCGCUGGCUGGUCUUCGCCCCGCUGCAGGCCCUGUGCGCGGCGGGGCUGACCCUGGCGCUGCUGCGGGGCCUGGGCCUGGCCCGGGUGCCCCACGCCGCCUUCCUGGCCCUGGCGCUGCUGGCGGGCGCCCUGGCCGCCGCCUUCCUGGCCUUCCUGCGCUACUUCCGGCCCCACAACUGCUUCCUCAUGACCGGGUUCGAGGUCACGCAGCAGCCCGCCGCCUACGACCGCCUGGCCCAGCGCCUGGCCGCCCAGGCCGUGGGCUUCCUGGAGAGGCACGCGCACGCGCCCUUCCUGCUGUUCGUGUCCUUCCUGCACGUGCACACGGCCCACUUCGCCGGCGCCGACUUCGCGCGCCGCAGCCGCCACGGGGCCUACGGGGACGCGGCCGAGGAGAUGGACUGGAGCGUGGGUCAGAUCCUGGACGCGCUCGACCGCCUGGGCCUGGCCAACCACACGCUCGUCUACUUCUCGUCCGACCACGGCGCACACGUGGAGGAGGUCACGGCGCGGGGCGAGGUGCACGGCGGCAGCAACGGCAUCUUCCGGGGCGGCAAGGCCAACAACUGGGAGGGCGGCAUCCGCGUGCCGGGCCUCGUGCGCUUCCCCAUGAUGCUCCCCGCGGGGUCGGAGGUCGCGGAGCCCACGAGCAACAUGGACGUCUUCCCCACCGUGGCCGCCCUGGCGGGGGCCGGGCUCCCCCCGGACCGGGUGAUUGACGGGCGCGACCUGAUGCCGCUGCUGCGGGGCCGGACCACGCGGUCGGCGCACGAGUUCCUGUUCCACUACUGCAACGCCUACCUCAACGCCGUGCGCUGGCGGCCGCCCAACGACACGGCCGUGUGGAAGGCCUUCUUCUUCACGCCCAAGUUCGACCCCGCGGGCGCCAACGGCUGCUUCUCCACGCACGUCUGCUUCUGCCACGGCGACCACGUCACGCGCCACGACCCCCCGCUGCUCUUCGACCUCUCGCGCGACCCCGGCGAGCGCCGGCCCCUGACCCCGGCCGCCGAGCCCCGCUACCACGCCGUCAUGGCCGCCGUGGCCCGCGCCGUCCGCGCCCACGCCCGCACGCUCGACCCCGCCGUGCCCGACCAGCUCUCGCCCGCCAACCUCGUGUGGAAGCCGUGGCUGCAGCUCUGCUGCCGCUCCGCCCCCUCCGCCCUGGCGUGCCACUGCGCGGGCGACGAGGACGGCGGGGCGGGGCGCGGGCGCUGACGGUUGGGGGGGGGCCCCGGACACGCGUGGACCCGGGUCGGACCCGAACCGGGCGAGCGCGGCGCCAAAACAUGCCAAGAACAUGCUAAGAACAUGCCAAGAACAUGCUAAGAACAUGCAAAUAAUAGGAAAACACACGUACAAUCCGCGUGAUAUCCGGGGUCGGGGUGCACGUGUGACCAGAUGAGACCCCCCAGGUAGGCCAAGGACACACGUGGCCCCGGCCCCGACCUGAUCCUGGCGAGCGCGACCCCAAAACAUGCCAGAAACAUGCCAAGAAGACGACAACACGCGUGCAAUACGCAUGAUUUCCGGGGUCAGGGUGCACGCGUGACCAGAUGAGACCCGUGGAGGCCAAAGACAGUCCACAAACAUGCGUGACCCCGGCCCCGACCCUCCCUGAGCAACUGCGACCCCAAAACACGACAACAUGCGUGCAAGACGCGUGAUCUCCGGGCUUCAGUCUCACGCGUGACCACACAUGACACCCCCUGGAGGCCAAGGAUGGACCCUGGACAUGCGUGACCCCGUCACCGACCCUCCCCUGGCAACCAGGACCCCAAAACGCGCCAAGAACAUUCCAUGAUCACGACAAGAUGCGUGCAAAACACGUGAUAUCUGGGCUGGGGUCAAAUGCAUGAGCACACAUGACACCCCCUAGAGGCCAACAAGGGACCACGGACACGCGUGACCCUGGCCCCGACCCUCCCCCGGCGACCACGACCCCAAAACACGCUAAUGACACACGAACACGCGAACAAAACUCAUAAUAACUGUGCUCGGGUUGCACGCAUGACCUCACGCGAACCUCACCCCCCCGCGGAGGCCGAGGACGGUCCCCGGCGUCACGCGUGUAACCCCAACCCGCCCAGGCCUCGCCCAUGUGGACAUUUCUGGAUACACAUGAAGGACGCGUG